CAUGUUUCAGUCGAACAGAAACGACGUGAAGUUCUAGUUAAAUAUUUUUCUGAAAACAUGAGCUACGAACCAACGACGGACAAGUGCACAAAGCCCAGCAACUUUGGCGCUCGCCAUUUGCAAGCCAUUCUCUUAUUUUUGGGCAUGAUGAUCAACUACUUCCAGCGUGUGAACAUCUCGGCCGCCAUUGUGCCAAUGACACAGCCAACAGCUGGUGCUCCUUAUUACAGUUGGAAUACGUCCGACAAGUCGCUAAUACUGAGCAGCUUCUUUUGGGGCUAUGUGGUGUCCCAGGUGCCGUCAGGUCUGUUGGCCAAACGGUUUGGCGCCAAAUAUGUGAUUACGUUGUCAACGGCUGUUGGCGGAGUCUUGUGCUUCUUUCAUCCGAUGGCCGCGACAGGUGGCUGGAUCUCCAUCUGCGUGCUGCGCGUGCUAACUGGCGUCGUCCAGGGCAGUGUCUACCCAUGUGUGCACACGCUGCUCUCCAAGUGGGUACCACGAACGGAGCGUGGCUUUCUUACCACAGGCAUCUAUUCGGGCGCCCAAUUCGGCACGGCUGUCAUUUUGGUUAGCAGUGGCAAUAUAUUCGAGUCCUCAAUGGGCUGGCCGGGUUUGUUCUAUGUAUCGGGCGGGUUAAGCGUGUCCUGGGCGCUGGUUUUUUUUUGGCAGGGCGCCAAUGAGCCGGCCACAUCGAAGAACAUUAGCAAAAUCGAGCGGGAAUACAUUGAGAGUCUAACAGGCAGCAAUAACACAGGAGAGUCCCUCGAUAUUCCAUGGAAAUCAAUCUUCAGAUCGUCGGCCUUCUAUGGCCUGCUGGCUGCUCAUUGCGGCUUCACCUGGGGCUUCUACACACUCUUAACGGAGAUUCCCACCUAUAUGAGCAACGUUCUUCAAUUGAACGUAAAGUCGAAUGCUUUGCUCUCAUCGUUGCCCUACUUUGCCAUGGGCAUACUCUGCUUUGUGGUUAGCCCGAUUUCGGAUUUGCUUAUCAAUCGCGGUACCCUGACGGUGACGACAUCUCGUAAACUGUUCAACUCAAUAGGUCAGUGGGUGCCGAUGGGUUGCCUGAUUGGGCUUGGCUAUAUGUCAGCUGAUGAGAAGACGCAGGCCAUCGUGCUGCUCACCUUCGCCGUAGGCAUCAAUGCCGCCUGCUUCUGUGGCUACCUCGUGAAUCAUAUGGACUUGUCGCCGAACUUUGCGGGUCCUAUGAUGGGUGUUACGAAUGGCUUGGCUGGAGUCACAUCAAUCGUAGCUCCAUUGGUUGUGGGUGCCAUAGUAUCCAACGAAAAGGAUCCUAUUCAAUGGCGUAUGGUAUUCUUUAUCACCGGCGGCGUCUAUCUGUUGUGCAACACGAUAUUCGUAAUCUUUGGCAAGGCUACGGUUCAGCCAUGGAACGAACCGUCCAACACGUCCAGCACAAGAACAUUGCGAAACAAUCUGCAGAUUGAUUCAAACACCUUUGCUCCAAAAGAAAGCAAAGAAGAUCGAUUUUAAAUUUAGUUGAUCUAGA